GUUCAGGUAUCUUCUGAUCAUUCACUAGACACCAUGAGACUUCUCGCUCUGCUGCUGUUGAUUGGAGCUGCUGCGGCAGUUCCCCGUGAGGAUGGCAGGAUCAUUGGUGGACAGGAGUGUCAGCCUCACUCUCGUCCAUACAUGGCCUCCCUUAACUAUGGCUACCACUUCUGUGGUGGGGUGCUCAUCAACGACCGCUGGGUGCUCUCUGUUGCACACUGUUGGUACAAUCCCUAUGCCAUGCAGAUCAUGCUGGGAGAACAUGAUGUACGCAGGUUUGAGGGUACUGAACAGCUCGCCAAGACCGACAACAUCAUCUGGCACCCUAGUUACGACUACCAGACUCUGGAUUUCGACAUCAUGCUGAUCAAGCUGUUCCACCCUGUGCAGGUGACAGAGGCAGUUGCGCCUAUCCCAUUGCCCAAAGAGUGCCCAAUGCCUGGGCUUCAAUGCUCUGUGUCUGGUUGGGGUAACACUGCCAUGGAUGGAGAGGUGAACUUGCCCCUCCGUCUGCAGUGUUUGGAUGUUCCCAUUAUCGAUGACCAGGACUGUCAUAACGCCUAUCCUGGUAUGAUCUCACCUCGUAUGGUGUGUGCUGGAUACCUCGAUGGAGGCAGAGAUGCAUGCAAUGGUGACUCCGGCAGCCCCCUGGUAUGCAACGGAGAGGUCCAAGGCCUGGUGUCAUGGGGACAGGGAUGUGCCGUCCCCGGCUACCCCGGUGUCUACGUCAAACUGUGCCAGUACCUCUCCUGGAUUGAAGACACCAUGGCAAGCAACUAAUGAAGAAAUAACCUCACUUCUUCGACCCCUCAUCUCUCUGCCCCACUCUUUCCUUCCA